AUGGACAAUGGUACCACCAGCAAUGUGGAGACCCUACCUGUCAACGAACAAUCCGGUCGCGCGCGAACUGGCAGCGUAAGCAACGGCCAUAAAAGAAGUCUUUCAGGGUCUUUACUCUCAAAACUCUCUUUCUUGCGAUCCAAGCCGCAGUCUGCGCAAUCACAUACAGGUGCUUCGACGAUGGAACCCGACACUGCAAUUGACGCGCCCGCUGUCACGCCAUUCUCAGCCAGCGAUACUACAGCAGGUGCGAGGGCAAUGUCGGCAGUGAUCCAACAGCAACGGAAAACACGACGGCGGAAAGGCUCUUUGCGAAAGACAGCUUUGCUGGGAACGAAGCUGGAUUCGCGCGACAGGCGGGCUGUAUCGAAAUCUACAGAAUCACAACCCUCUCGAUUCGUCACAGAAGCGCAACGAUCUCCAAAAGUCCAGACUGCUCGAGGGUCGACAGGCUUUGAAUCCCGCGAGAGCCUCGAUUGCCCGCCCGAAGAACUUCAGCCGAGCUGGUUUCGCUCGAACGUGUCCCAGAAGAUGAUGGCUCGUCCCUCUCUGUCUCGGCGACGGCAAGGACUUGCGGCGCAAAAUAUCAUUGGCGGUGAAGAGACUGGUACGGAUGAUGAGGAGCUGAUCUCCUUCCCCCGUAUCAACACAACAAGUGCUGCCCAAGUUGGUACAUCUUCUUCAAAAGGCGGAGGUCCUGCAGGAUCACAUUUCUCCACCCAAUCCGAUUACUCCUACUCCUUGCCCACAAAGCUUGGUUCAAACGAGCCUUAUCGCUCUGUGCAUCGUGGUAAAUCGUCACCCUUGGCAACGCACUCAAUGGAGAUGAAGAACGCAGACGACAAGUGGGACUAUUCGGAGACAGAGUGGUGGGGUUGGAUCAUUCUCAUUGUUACCUGGUUGGUAUUUGUGGUGGGGAUGGGCAGUUGCUUUGAGGUUUGGAGUUGGGCUUGGGAUGUGGGCGAGACCCCAUACGCACCUCCAGAGCUGGAAGACGAUCCCACGCUGCCCAUCGUCGGAUAUUAUCCGGCCUUGAUCAUCUUGACGGCCGUGAUGUCGUGGGUCUGGGUAGUUGUGGCUUGGGUCGGGAUGAAGUACUUUAAACACGCCAAUAUAUCUGGCGAUGACAGUUGA